CGACAUACGAUAAAAAAUACAUAGGCUAACGCAUGUCAUUUUUUAGCAUGUUCAUCAUGGCAGCAAUGCAGAACCGUUCAUUCUCCGUUCAUAUGGCCAUAACAGGCUGACAAAGGGCUGAAUAUGUACGAUAUUUUUAGAGCGCAGUCACACGGAGGCGGAGCACGAAUGCUUCACGGCCAAGGAUGCGAGUGUCAAACAGCAGGUGGAGACUGACUGCUGAAGGAAAGAACCAGACGAUAACCGACCACAGAAUCUCAAAUACAUUUGAUGAGGAAGAGGGGAAAUAUCAAUGACUUGAUCUGCUUUAAACUAGUGGGACCUGAUAGCGUGAACCAUGGUGGACCCAUUGGAACCUGAUGACCAGAGUAAAUUCAGAGGGGCCCAGUUUAAAAGCCCUGCUGGAGCCUCUAAAGCACCAUGUCGACCUGAGCCAGGUGAUGAUAGAGAGAAAGAUGUUAGUGUGGAUUCCAGCCCACAUACAGAGCCCAGUACUGAACCUGUACCGAGCUCUCAAGAACCAUGCCAGCAGCAAAACAGUCAACCAGAAGAGCUAAAACUACAUCUGGACCUUUACAAUUUUGACUCACCAGCUGCAGAAGGCAGCCGGUAUGUACUGACAAGCCCUCACUCUCUCGAGGCAUGUGCACACUGUGGAGUGAAACCUGUGGAGCUUCUGCCUCGUCCACUGUCUGAUUUUGCCCGUGAGGCACCCGGCAGGAGUAUGCGUGUCGCCACAGGAAUGUUUGAGAUAUAUGAGCGGGAUAGACAUGCUAAACUCCGACACUGCAGAGAGGAAAGAGAGCGGAUUAUCAGAGAGGAGAAGAGGCGAAUUCCACAGGCAGCUCUCAACAAUAAUGCUGAUCCACUGGCUUCAGAGAAGUCACAGGAAACUGUUAAUGCUGGAUUGUCUCAACAAACCAAUCAUAAUUUAAUAAAUCCAGCCCCCAAAAUAACACCCACAUGCAGCGGUGCACCUAGAAAACAAUCUACAUCAACUACCCCUAAAAGCACGACAGCAGGGUCAGGACAAGUUUCUACAGUGUCCACGUCCAGCUCUCCUCCAAAAGUCAGUCCAGUGAACUCUGCUCCUACCGCUAAAGGAACUUCUGCCAAAACGUCUAAGUCCCUUGAAGUACAAUCUGGAGGAAAACCUCAAGGUCCAAAACCUUCAAUAAUCCAACGAUCGAUUCAGUCAGCUCCAGGAGGUCAGGGUUCAAAAAAACCCUCCAGUGCUCAUACAAAGGCUCCAAGUACUUUCCCCAGAUCAAUAACAAAACCUUCUUCAUUUCCAAGGACACCAACUUCGCUUGCCCCAAUAGUGUCAAAAUCUGCUGUCCAAAGUCCUGCCAAUGGCAUCACAAGUACAUUUGCACAGCAUAACGGGCACAUCAUCUCCAAAUCAAAGGCUAGAUGCAGAAGCCACUCAUUGGAGUCUUUGCAACGCAGACGUGACAUGUUUUGUUCCUCUACUGCUUCAACAACAAACACCACAACUACCACAUGUACCUCCUCUGAAUCUGCUUCCUCAUCCUAUAGCUGGGAUGGGGCAAGAGAUCACUGGGCUAAGACAUCAAGCCCUCGUGCCCGCACUUUAGCUACCUUUAACUCCCUGAUGGGUCGCAGUUUGAGCUUGGGAGACCUUAGCCACUCUCCACAGACUAUGCAAAAAGUGGAGCGCAUUGUGAAAGAGGUGAAACGACGAGGACUUAAAGCUGUCCCAGAACGAGACCGAAAGAUUGCUGCACUAAUGCUAGCCAGGUACCAAGAGGAGGACAUAAUGAGCCAGACACGCUACGUAGCACACCUGCAAUGGGACAGUGAGCGCAGACUAGAGGAGCUACGAAGGGAACGUGAAGAACGGGAGAAACAGAGGGCUGUGCAGCAGUGCCAGCGUGCAUGGCAGUCACAAGUUUCUACCCGGCAGCGCUGGCUUAACCAGCAGGAGCGUGAUGCGGCAGAAGCGAAACUUCGCCAAGCAUUGGAAAGUGAGGAGCGUUGGAAGGAACUGGCUGAGCAACAAGAACGCAGCCGGUUGCAGAAACUGCAACAGACUGCUCGUGAGGAGAAACACAAGAAAGCAUUACAAGAACAGAACCUUAAAGCUCUGGAGGAGGAGCGUGCUGCUAUUCUUGAGCAAGAGAAACUGCUCCUUAAGGAGAAACUGACCAUCGCUGAGCUGAGGCGACAGGAGCGAGAGCACCAAAUUCAAGAGGAGCGUCGUGGACUCAACCGUGCCGAGAAGAGGCGCCAUGCAGCUCUUAUCCAAGAGAUUGCACGGCGAGAAGUGGACGAGCGUGAAGAAGCACGGAGAAUAGCCGAUGAGAAGCUAAGUAGGUCUUUGGAAAACUAUGAGCAAAUACAAGAAAAACGUGGGCAAGAGUUAAAGGAGAAAGCUAAGCGUGAAGAGAAGCAGAUCCAGAAAGCAAGACGGGCUGCUGAACUACGUGAGCAACAGCAGAAGGAACAGAUGGAGGCAAGGGCUAGGGAAGCCGGAAGACGAGCACAACAAGCCGCUCAAAUAGCUGAAGAGAGGGCACGGGAGAAGGCCCAACGUGUGGUGCAAAGCAGGCAGGAAAAAGAACGACUUCAAAGGCUUAACCGUCAACGCGUAGAGGAGGAGGAGAAACAGCGUCGCCUAGAACUCUUGCAGUCCAUUGAACGCAAACUGGAAAAAAGUGAACAGAUUUUCAGAGAAAAACGUGCAGUCUUGGAAAGUGCCCGAUCCGUGGCGCGUGCAUCUUUCCACGUGCGGGAUCGUGUUCGUGAAGAGACAAACAUGCGCACCUUUGACAAGAUGGCCCUGGAGGCACAGUUAAAAGCAAAUUUAGUUGAGAAGUGAGCACUUCAACUGUGCAACUUAAUUGCUCUUUCCAUGCACAUCUGUCUAGAACUAAGCUGUGCUUGAGCCUACAUGCUAGCCUCAUCACCAAACUACAGCAACAAUAUUGAUGGUCAUGCCCUUAAGUGUUGUAUCUAAAGAUUCAUUUAUUCCUGAUGCUGGAUCAUUUUCAUCAUGUCAUCUAAAUAAAUAUUUUUCUGUAUUUAUAUAUUUUAAAUGUUAAUUUAAGAACUUUGUGCUUAUGUGUGUAUGAUUAUAUGUCGGGGCAUGAUUGUUUUUUUGUAACUUGGCAGCCAUGUUGCUUUGAGAACUGUAUAUAAUGAGUUCAUUGUUUACAGAGAAGUUUGGCACUAUGGCAACAGUGAUGGCUUCUUUCUAAGGGUAGCUUUAUUUCUUAGAAGAAGAAAAAGAAAAAGGGGAUGGGAUGUUUCUCCCAGAGUAAAUCUUUUGAGGGAGACUCUUGUUUUAGGAAUCUUGGCGGUAGGAGAGUGAGCCAUGACUUGACUGUGUGUAAACCAAACUCCAGCUAAAUGCUGACCCAGCAUUACAUCCUAGACCCAUAGUCAGGACAUGACAAAGAAUGAUCUCAGCACAGCCUAACUGCUGAUGAAGCACAGGAGUCUUUGGUCAGCAACAGACCAAUCAGGGCUCAAAUCCAUACUGACAUCCCCUGCAUUCCUUCAGGUGUGCUUAUUUCUUUUCUUUUCUCACAAGCUUCAUUUUUAGUAUUCCACUUCCCAUACGGCAUGUUCAGAAUGGAAUUCUAGCUUACUACUUACUGUGCAGUAUAAACUAAACAUCAGUGCUCAUUAUUCAGAAAUAUUUGACCACUGAAUUCAACUAACCAAUUAGAAUAAAUUUUUCUGAGUGCUUCAUUAUUGUAACAUGACAUUACCUCAUCACAACAUGUCACUACUAUGAUUAAUUUGCAUUUUUAAUUUAGGUUUGAGUUAAAAUGUCAACUUUUGGCAGUCCAAUAAAACAAUGAGAACGUGCAGAAAUGGGAAUGCAUUGCAUUCUGGGAAAAAUUGUUCCGGUAUGCUUUUUUUGUAUAAUGCACGUUUUGGUUGCAGGGCAUACGGAAAAUAUGCAUACUAUGCACAGGACACAUACUAGCUAUAUACUGUAGAAAUAGUAAGAUCAGUAGUACAUCUUGCUAUUUUGAACAUUGCCUGAAUAUUAAUGGUUAAUGCAAUAUGAAUGUUCAUAUUACAUAUAAGAAACAGGGUGCUAGUCAUAAAACUCCCAUUGUACUAGAAAUGCCAUGUCAUCCUGGUACAUAUCUAGAGGACAGGGUUGGAGGAGAGCUCACAUCGAUAUCUGUGAGAAAAGCACUGCAAUAGGCAUUUCAGUUCCUAUGAGAGCUUAACCCACACUGAUGCUUUUCACGGCAGCCAUCUGUCACAGGCUUUUUUUGUACUGUAAAGCAGUCAACAACUGUUUUUAGGGCUAGCACAUUUUCAGUGCCUCUGCAUACAGGCUCUUUAGAUAAUUAUUGCAUGAUAACUGCACAACACAUUUAUAUAUUCAAAUUUGUUAUGCAAGCAAGUCUGAUAGUGCAGCUUAAUUAUUAUUUGUUUUAUACAACAGAGUGAAAAGCAAAGUUUCUGUGCAAUAACUGUCUGUUAUCUGGUUUGUCUCUUCUGAUGCAGGUUUGGGAAUGGAGAAGAUGAUGAUGUUGACAUCUGUGACCUGAUUCAGUAAAAAUAACCCCCAAGAAACUGCAAAUUUCACUUUGAUCACAGAUCCUUAUUCCCUUUCUGGCAGUGACUCAGCUAGGCAUGACGUAAUUGAAAGGUUUAAUAAACACUAAAGCCAUUUUACUUCCAGCAUAUCCAGAUGGCAUAUCAACACCACUUUUAAUAUCAUAAAAAGCCCAAAGAAACAAUUUCAUUUGUACAAUUUCAUAUUGUAUCAUAGGUUAAAUUUAAGGGCUUUUUAAAUGGAAGCAGAAUCGUGUUGAAUCAUAACUAAGCUAAUAAUCUCGGUUUCAUGAAGAUGGACAAAGAAAAAAAAAAGGAUUCUGAAUGUAAUUCAUAACAAAGCUUUUUAGGGCUAGUGACAAAGCAACAAAGCAAGUGUUAAUUACAGUUUGAUAAAAACAGAUUGUUUUGUUAAAAUGUUUUGUUGUUUCUUUUAUUUUAAGCAUAAAAGUAUAUCUUCUCAAAUUGUUAUAUUUUCGUCUCAGUGCCUUUUUUUUUCUUUUGUUGUUAAUUGCAAUGAAAAUGUUUUAUGUAGGCUACAGAUGUUUCAUAUCUAGUUUAUUUAAAAAGUGAAAUGCAGGGUGAUGCUUUACUUGAGAACCAACAAUUCAGUUUUGAAAAUGGCAUACUGUAUUUAAAAAAAAUAAAAUAAAUAAAAAUAAAAUAAAAUCUGAA